UUUGUACUCUUUUCCUAAUUCACAUAACAAGCUCGUUCGGUUCAGUUCACAUUUGGUUUACUCUGCAUUUUUGGUAUUGCUUCACAUUUGUGGGACAAAAAUUUGAUCAAAUAUUUCGCAGGAACUGCCACUAAAUUCGAGCACUUUUACACGAAAUGACUUUUACGUACAAGGAACUUAUAGACGUUGCCAUUGGGUCCCCGGAAUCAGGACAUGUUAACUUCUAUGCGUUGCACGUGCUGCUCACGUGCUUUGCCCAGCGAUUGGAGGUCCUGGAUGAGGUAGUCGAGCAGGAGGACUAUAUGGUGGCCAAUGUGCGUUUGCAGAGCAGCUUAUUGACCUUGGGCAACACCUCGAAGUUCCGUCUCUUUGCCGGCGCUGAUGCCGAGGAGGGAGAAGCAGCUGAGCCGGCGGCAGAGGCAGCAGCCGAGGCGACAGAGGCUCCACCUGCGCCAGUCGAGGAGGCUCCUGCAGCGGAACCAGCACCACCACCAGCACCAGAAACAGAGCCAGCUCCAGAACCUGCUCCAGAGCCUGCUCCCGAGGAGCCAUCUCCACAGGAAGCACCGCCGGAAGAAGCAGCUCCUGUGGAGACAGGCGCAGCCACUCCAGAACCGGUGGCUUCCACCCACGAGCCAACUCCAGCCGCAACUCCGGCUCCCGAGGAGCAUCCCCAUUCCGAGCCCGAGGCAGAUGCCUCGAAAGCACAACAUCCUGCCGAGGUCAAGGGAGAGGGAGAGUUAGCUCCGCAGGCCUCACGGGUCUCCUCGAGAUCAUCCGCUCGCGAGAAGUCGCGGGAGGGAUCUCUCAACAACAAUCUGUUGCGUCUCGAAAGACGCCUCUCCAAGAUUGAACUGCAAAAGGAGCAGGCCAGCAUGGAGGUUAAGCAGUUUGUAAGCAACCUCACCAGCCAGCUGAAGAUCACCAUGGAGCAGGUGAACAAUAUGACCCACUUGCUGAUCGAUCGCAAGCCGAAUCCGCAGAGGUUCCAGAUACUCCGUCACAUAGCUAAGCAGCUGAGGGUGCUGAUGCUGACGACCGGUGAUGAGGUGUCCAUGAGCUGGUCCAGUGGUGAUUUAGUGGGCGUUCAGGAAGAGGAGUGCCUGUCGGAGGAGGAGGUGCCGGAGGAGUCUAGUGCGCCCACAGAGGUGGAGAAGCCCGAGGAAGAGGAGGAACUGGGCUUGGAACAGCCUCUUUGCUAUUCGCCAGAGAAAAUGCUCACUGAGCUUCUGGAUCUCAAGUCGCAAUUCUGUGCGCUGACCAACAAGGUGAAUGAACUCGCUGCGGCCUUGCUGAAACAGGACUCCCAGAGACUGAUGGACCAGAUGAAGGAUCUAUCGGAAGUCGUGCGGGAUAUCAAGCUCUACAUGUCCAGCAACAAGGAGGUUACCAAUACCAUGAUGGUUCGCCUCAACGACUGCGUAUACCAGAUACAAGUCCUGAAGAAAUCGGCUGCCCAUUUGGAUGAGGUCAAGAUUGACAAGACGGAGGUGGAGCUUUUGUUGGCCGAGAAGGUGGACUUCCAGCAGUUGGCCACAAAAGUAUCCCUCGAGCAACUGGAGGAGUACAAGGCCAGGUUGGAGCAGAUGUUCUGUGAGGUGCGUCACAUUGUGAGUUUGAAUGAGAAGAACGUUCUGCAGAUCAUCGACAAUCUCCGCAUGACACUGGGCAUCGAUUCCUUGGAGCUGAGUCUCAAGGACUUCCGUGAGACGAUCGAGCGACGGGUGCAGAUCAUAGCCGAGGCACUCCAGAAGUACAUGGAGAUGACCAACGAUGACUGUGCCGCCGCUGCCGGAAGGGUCAAGGUCAUGCAGGAUCUGGCCUGUUUGGCCUGCGACACCACCUGCGUAAUGCGAACUGUGGAGCGAUCCAAGGUGCCUUCGCUGCCCAAUGCCAAGGGCUCCACCGGCCUGGGUCCCAUUGUCACCUACGAACUGGGCCAGAUCCGCAAGUCGGGCAUCAUGGGCUACUACCGCAAGGACGAGUUCCCACACUCCACCAGUGCCUGGAGCAAAGGAGCCACCGGUGUUCCCAUGGUCAAGUGCACUCCGCGUCACGCGGGCGGCAGUCACACCACCCACACGGCGGAUGAGCACAUGCAGAAGGUCAUUCUCUCCAAGAAGAACAGCGGAUGGACAUAGGGAGACUACUGCUCAGUUAGUUAUAGCUUGAAGCUACUGUUAAUGCAUCAUCCUUAUUUUUGGUAACUGAACAAAAUUGUGGAGAUUGCUGUAUAGAUUUCUGUACGUUAUGAAAUAUUAAAGCACAAAUAAAAUACAAAUUAGCUUUAUGAACUACAAAGUA